UUGACACGGCCUCUGUUCCCAGCAGAAGACGUGGAGAACUUCGAGGUGGCGGCGUUGCCCCUGGAGACGCAGAGGAACAUCGAGGCCGACAGCUUCUGGUGCAUGAGCAAACUGCUGGACGGCAUCCAGGACAACUACACCUUCGCCCAGCCGGGCAUCCAGAACAAGGUGAAGGCUUUGGAGGAGCUGGUCAGCAGAAUAGACGUGGACAUCCACAAUCAUUUCAAAAGGUACGAGGUGGAGUACCUGCAGUUCGCCUUCCGGUGGAUGAACAACCUGCUGAUGAGAGAGCUGCCGCUGCGCUGCACCAUCCGCCUCUGGGACACCUACCAGGCCAGCAGUGUAGGUGUACUUCACUGA